AGAUGUAAAUAAUAACAUAUUUGAAACAGUGAAGUGAUCUCUUCCUUUGAUUCUUCUUCUAAUCUUCUUCAAUGGCGAUUCCAAGGUUUAGCUCUCUGUUACGGUGUAGAAAAUGGGCUAAAAGUGACUGGCUUGUCGCUUCUAUAGGAUGCGUAUUGAUCGUUUUUUUCCUCUCUUUCUUCUUCGAUCCCACUUCAGACUCUGUCCCCUCCGUUGACCGAUCUCGGCCAAUCAUAUCUCCUAGCGAUCUGGUCAAGCUGAAGUUGUCGAGUGUAGCUAAAGAGAGAGGAGCUUUUUGUUUGGAUGGAAGCUUGCCUGGGUACCACUUUCAUGAGGGUUCUGGAUCUGGCUCCCAAAGCUGGCUUGUUCAUUUGGAGGGUGGAGGCUGGUGCAACACAGUUGCGUCAUGUUCUGCUCGAGCAUUGACUAAAUUAGGUUCUUCCAACUACUUUGAACAAGAAGUGGCCUUUCAAGGUGUUUUAAGUAGUGACCCAUCUCAAAAUCCUGAAUUCUUUAACUGGAACAAGGUUGCGAUAAGGUACUGUGAUGGUGCUUCUUUUUCUGGACGCCCUGAAGCUGAAUUCAAGAAUGGCACACGGCUUUUCUUCCGGGGCCAGCUUAUUUGGGAGGCUAUUAUUGAUGAACUUUUGUCAAUGGGCAUGUCAGAUGCCAAACAGGCCAUACUUACAGGAUGUUCUGCCGGUGGCUUGGCAAGUCUUAUACAUUGUGACUACUUUCGAGAUCAUCUUCCAAAAGAUGCAGCUGUCAAAUGUGUUUCUGAUGGAGGCUACUUUCUCAACGUGCCUGAUGUCCUUGGAAACCCAACAAUGAGGUCUUUCUAUCAUGAUGUUGUUAAUUUGCAGGGCGUAGAGAAGAGCUUGGAUCAGAAAUGUGUAGCCAAAACGGAGCCAUCUAAGUGUAUGUUUCCUCAAGAAUUCCUGAAAAACAUAAGAACUCCGGUAUUUCUUGUCAAUCCAGCCUACGAUUUUUGGCAGAUUCAACAUGUCUUGGUACCAACUUCUGCGGAUCCAGAUAAAAGUUGGGCAAAGUGCAGACUCAAUAUUAAGGAAUGUGAUGCCGAACAGAUUAAAGUUCUACACGGUUUUCGCAGUUCUAUGAUGACUGCAAUUGGGGAAUUUCAUCAGAACAAAGAUGGUGGGAUGUUCAUAGAUUCCUGCUAUGCUCAUUGCCAGACAGUCAUGUCCGUGACAUGGCACUCCCUGACCUCACCAAGAAUCGAAAAUAAGGUAAAAGAUAUUUAACAUGUUGCUUGUUCUUACAAAUGACCUCACCUGUUUCGUGUCUGUUUUUUCCGUUGUUCUUGUGGGAACAGACAAUUGCAGAGUCUGUAGGUGACUGGUACUUCAACAGAAAACCGGUGAAGCUAAUCGAUUGUCCAUACCCGUGCAAUCCUUCUUGUUACAACAUGAAUUUCACAUGAACUUGCCUUAUAUCCUCAUUUUACCACUUCCUCUGCUUGUGGACUUUUUCGAUUCUCCAGAAGCUUCUUCAGCAAGGGAGCAGUCACUUCCUCAAAAUUCUCAAUCCGGGACCAGUCUGUAUAAUUUUUGACGUAAUCCGGUGGUAAGACCCAGAUGUCGGUUGUAUGUGUACCUGCUUAUUUCACCUGCAAAUAUCAGAGAAAACACAUUCAAGUUUAGUGUUAGGAUUUUCGAAAACCCCCAGUAAUUAAUGUUUUAUCCCAAAAUGUCACCUUUUCCAGCUCCUCCUUCACUAACUGCUCCUUUUUCGCUGUUACCCGAUUGUCAAGGGCAAGAUACGCUACAUAGAAUUUUAAAUCGACGAAAACUUAAGCAUCAUCAUUCAAGAAUUUAAAUAUAAAGAUCGUAAAAUACAAUCUU